GUGUGUCAGUACCACAUAACAGAGUAGUUCUCACUUCCACCUUACCUGACUGGUCUUACAUGAGUGAUUAGUGAGAAGAAGACAUUCGUUAUCCAUCAUUCAAGGUUGUUUGUGUCUACGCUGCAACAGGACGACCCUCUCCACAAUGAACAUCUCUGAGGAGGAGACACAGAGCUUCUUUGGCAGUGACUCCCACCAUGAGAACAUUAUAUUUGCCACAUAUUACAUCCUGAUUUUCCUCAUUGCUGUGCCUGGGAAUGCCUUGGCGCUGUGGGCCUUCUUUCGUCAGCACAGCACAUCUCCAUCUAAGGUCUUCCUGAGGCACCUCUCUGUGGCAGACAUCUCCUACAUCCUCAUUUUACCCAUGCGUAUAGUUUACCACCUGUCCGACAGCCACUGGCCUUUCGGACAUGUCAUCUGUCAGCUAGCGGGCUUCCUCUUUUACCUCAACAUGUACUGCAGCCUGUACCUCAUGAGCUUCAUCAGCCUGCACAGAUUUCUGGCUGUGGUUCUUCCUAUAAAAUCUCAGUCAGUCAGGAAGGUUUUGUAUGCAAAGGUAGCAGUGGGGAUACUUUGGGUGACUGUUAUUGUGUCUAUGAGUCCUACACUUUUCUCUAAAAGGAAUGUGAGGAACAACUCAACUGGGUCAUGCAACAAGCUGUACUUAGAGAAGACUUCUCCCACUGCUUUAGUUUCAACCGUUGUGGCCUUUGUGAUUCCCCUCACCACCAUAGUGGUUUCCUACAUACUGAUUCUGCUGAAACUGAGGGCAAUGAAGCAAGAGGAACGGCCGGUGAAGAGCAAAGCCAUAAGAAUGAUCGUCCUGAUUGUCAUGAACUUCCUGUUUGCGUUUGUGCCCUACCAUGUGAGCAGGGUGAUCUAUAUUGAAAUGCACAUGCAUGGUAAUCUGACUGCAGCAAGCCAUGAGUCGCUGGGAAGAGCCAAUCGGAUCACAUCUGCACUCACCUGUGUUAGUGGGGUCCUGGAUCCCGUCAUGUACUUCUUCCUGAACCGAGUUUACAGAGACAAACUGCUGCAGCUGUUCUGUAAACCAUGAAGAUGAUCAAUAAACAACU